CACAUGCAGACCACGUCCUGGGCGGAGAGCUGGAACGGCGCUGCGAGCAGAAACCUGGGGUGGGCGUAGUGGGGGCAGGGGAGCUCCCUGUUUAUUUUCUGGACAACCUAGCUUGGCUUGAGUGCACCAUUGUGGAUUUCAAGAGUGAAUGAGCUGUGCACAUGCGUGCACCGGCCAGAGACACUGUGGCUCAGAGCCAGCCCGGCCCGUCUCCUGGCAAGGACAAGACGUUUCUUCCCUUGCAGAAGCCGCCACACACUGACCUCCAGCCAGCGCAGCCCUGACAGCACGGUCAUUCAGGAACUAAAAGGAUAGAGAAGACAUGGGCCGUCUGGAACAUGCUUGCUUGUCUUUCAGGAGCUGGCUGGCUGUGACAGCCGCUGCGUUCCUCCUGGGCGUGAGGCCCUCUGCGUGCAGCGAUUUGACUGGCUCCCGUCCCAACAUCCUGCUUCUCAUGGCUGAUGACCUCGGCAUUGCAGACAUCGGCUGCUACGGCAACGCCACCAUCAGGACUCCAAAUAUCGACCGCCUGGCAGCCCGAGGCAUCAGGCUCACCCAACACAUCGCGGCGGCUUCUGUGUGCACGCCCAGCAGGGCUGCCUUCCUCACGGGCAGGUACCCCAUCCGAUCAGGUAUGGUUUCCAGCAACGGUUAUCGAGUUCUCCAGUGGACUGCAGCGUCGGGAGGCUUUCCGACAAACGAGACAACUUUUGCGAAAAUAUUACAGGAUAAAGGCUAUGCCACUGGACUGAUAGGAAAAUGGCAUCUGGGUCUCAACUGUGAGUCCUCCGACGAUCACUGUCACCAUCCACUCCACCACGGAUUCGACCAUUUCUACGGAAUGCCGUUCUCUUUGAUGGGAGAUUGUGCCCAGUGGGACAUGUCGGAGAAGCGUGCGGGCCUGGAGCGCAAACUCAACUUGUGCUUUCACAUCGUGGCUUUUGCUGCCCUCACGCUUACCGCUGGGAAACUCACCCGCCUCCUGUCCAUCUCGUGGACGCCGGUCAUCGGGUCGACCAUGGUGGCCAUCUUGCUCUUGACGACCUCGUACUUCGUCAGCCCUCUGAUUGUUCAUGCGGACUGUUUUCUGAUGAGAAAUCACAGCAUCACUGAGCAGCCCAUGCACUUCCAGAGGACGACGUCUCGCUUUCUCAAGGAGGUCUCGUCCUUUGUCAGAAGAAACAAGCAAAGACCUUUCCUCCUCUUUGUCUCCUUUCUACACGUCCACACACCUCUUGUCACUACUGAGAAGUUCCUCGGUGCAAGUCUCCAUGGGCUCUACGGGGACAACGUGGAGGAAAUGGACUGGAUGGUGGGAAGGGUCCUUGACUCUUUGGACACAGAAGGUCUCACCAAUAGGACCCUCGUUUAUUUCACGUCAGAUCAUGGAGGAUCUUUAGAGUCUCAACUGGGAAACAAGCAGUAUGGUGGCUGGAACGGGAUCUAUCGAGGUGGCAAAGGCAUGGGCGGCUGGGAAGGUGGGAUCCGAGUCCCGGGAAUCGUCUGCUGGCCUGGGGUGCUCCCGGCCGGCCGAGUGAUCCAGGAGCCCACCAGCCUGAUGGAUGUCUUCCCCACGGUGGUGCAGCUGGCGGGCGGCCAGGUGCCCCAAGACAGGGUGAUCGAUGGCCGGGACCUGCUACCGUUGCUGCUGGGCAAAGCGCAGCACUCAGACCAUGAGUUCCUACUGCAUUACUGUGAGAACUUACUGCACGCAGUCCGGUGGCACCAAAGGGACAGAGGAGCUGUAUGGAAGGUCCACUACGUGACCCCGCGGUUCCACCCAGACGGAGCCGGUGCCUGCUACGGGAAGAUGGUGUGCCCCUGCUCUGGGGACAAGGUGAUCCAUCAUGAGCCGCCUUUGCUUUUUGACCUCUCGAGAGACCCUUCGGAGGCCCACGCGCUCACGCCCGCCACAGAGCCCUUGUUCUAUGAGGUGAUGGAGAGAGUGGCUCAGGCAGUGAAGGAGCACCGCCGGACACUCAGCCUGGUUCCGCUGCAGCUGGACGGGUCGGACAACAGCUGGAAGCCAUGGCUGCAGCCCUGCUGCGGCCCGUUUCCCCUCUGCUGGUGCGACCAGGAAAGCGACUCACAGUAGUCACCGACUGGGAAACGGGGACACGGGGUCCCUGAGGUCUGGAUUUGACUCACUGGGGGGGAAAUAAAACUCCACUGUGAACUUCAGUCAUCCAUUUGUGCGGCAUUGAAUCAUUCUGCCAGUUCUAAAGACAAAGGGACAAAGAAGCAGCCGUCAUGUCCAAAUGCCAUUAAAUAAAAUGCACUAUGGACCGGCCGGCCGGGCCACACAGCAGGGAAGUGGGGUUUCUUGUCAAAGCCCCCCAUUCCCACCUGGCAAAGGCUGUUCUGUCCCCACAGAGUGCCCAACCCACGAGGGAAGCAGUUUCUAUGUUAUAGGCAUUGGCAGACACCAAGGGGACUAACGGGUCCUGAUACAGCAUGACUGGGACCAUGUUAAAACGCAUGGGUUCAUCAUUUUCAACAGACGAGGACAGGGCAUGUUUCCAGUGGGAACUAUUUCCAAGUGAUAGUCCCUAAUGAUCUGGGCAAACUCAGAAUUUGGGACACGUGCUGGAUACUCAACAUUCUUGCUCGCUCUCUGUUAGGACAUCACUGCAUGUCCAGCUCCCUUGCCCCUGGCUUUGCACUUGAUCUGCCCAGGACGGGGUACCAGCAGGAGAGUGAGAUGGAGAUUCUAUACCAGACCCUUGCCCCC